AUGCGUCUCAAAGUGACUGUUGCGAAAGCUUUCGAGUUACCUGCCAUGGACAACAAUGGUUUGUCUGAUCCAUUUGUGGAAUUAUGGGUAGUCAACUCAAAAUUAAACAAAUAUCUAGAACCUCCUAAAAACCCAUCCGAUAUUAAAAAAACAAAAAUUAUCAUGAAAGAAUUGAAUCCAGUGUUUAACGAAACAUUUGAAUUUGAUUUUCCUGUAAAUCGAGAACAAUUUAAAGCGUUGAAGAGUUCUACAUCGACAAGUGAAGACGCCGUAGAAGAAGAAAUCAAUUCUGAUGAUGAAGAUGAGAAUGAGUUUAAUAGUGAUCCCAUGGAUGCUUUGUUGAUGAUUAGAGUGAUGGAUUGGGACAAGUUUACAAAAAACGACUUCAUUGGUUUCGUCAUGAUUCAAGUGUUUGGCCUCAACUUGAAACCCAAACAAAAACAAAAACGUAUCUAUCCUCUUGUUGGCUCCGAUCAAGGAAAAAUUGAAUUAAUUUUCGAAGCCAUUCCUUCUCCAGAAGAAGAAGAAUUAGCUCGACAACAUUCUCAAUCCUUCUAUGAAAAACCAAUCACUCACUUGUUUGAGAACACACUCAUGACUGUUGGUCCAGUCGUUGGAUUUGUGAAAUCGACAAGUGCAAGAAUUCUUGUUGAAUGUUCCACUCGAAUGCCAAAAGAAGAUCCAUUACAAGUCGUUUGUUAUCCAAUUGCUCCAAGAACUCACUUGGAAAAGAGAAGAGACUAUUUAGAGAAGAGAUUUUUCCAUCUUCAUUUGAAUGACACUCGAUCCUCUUAUCACAAAAACAUUCUCAAACAAUUACAUUAUUCCACAUCGAGAAAGGAAUUAGAAAAAGUUCCAGAGCAUGAAAUUAUCAAAAAAAAUGUCGUCAUUCCACAUGCAAAUAUUCCCUUUGGAUUUACCAUUGAAGGUUUAAAACCAGAUUAUGUGUAUCGAGUAGAAUUUCUAAAUAUUUUGAAUCGAAGAAAUAGAUUUGCAAUUGUGAAAACAAUGGUUGAUGAUUCCAUUGAAAAUAUUAGUGAAAGACCUCAUCACUUGAAUGUCUCUGUCGUGAGUUGCAAUUUGAUUGAAAGACGUAUUCCAGAUCGAGAUAUUUGGGAAAGAAUGUUGGAAAGAGGAGAUGAAAUUGAUGUUUUACUUCAUGUUGGAGAUCAAAUUUAUUCUGAUUGUGGUCACAAUGCAUUUGAUGAAGCAGUUCGUAUUUGUGAUGGAAGGACAAAAUUGACACCCAAUGAGGAAAAUGAAAUUAAGGAACUGUAUAGAAAGUACUAUCGGUUGAAUUGGAAUCAUCCUCCCACUCGUAAAUUGUUAGCACAAGUGAGCAAUUUGAUGAUUUUGGAUGAUCAUGAAAUUCGUGACGAUUGGGGAAGCGAUGCAUGUGAUCGUGACAAAAACUCAGUGGAAUAUUACAUUGGAACUCUUGCAAGACAAGUGUAUUGGGAGUAUCAAAGACAAUUGAGAGAUGAAGCGGAUAUUUAUGAUCCAACAGUGACAACACAACUUUCCCAAAAACAUGAAGGAUAUUAUCAAAUUUAUGGCGAUUAUGGAAUUCUUUUCUUUGAUUUAAGAGCUGCUCGAUCAUUUCUCCAUGAACAAGCAGGUGACAAGGUGUUUUUAACACAACCACAAUGGGAUGAUUUACGUGAAUGGCUUUUUAAUGGAGAACUUGCUGCUCCAAAAAUUAAGGCAUUAAUUUGUGUGUGUUCUGUACCAUUGGUAUUCCUCACAAAGAAGAUGACAGACACUCUACCAAAAAUCACGAGCAAACUCUCAGACAUGAGAGAUCAUUGGAAUUAUGGCAAGAAUUAUGAUGAACAAAUUGGAAUUUUAGAACUCAUUAAGAAGUGGAAACAAUCACAACCAAAUAGAGAAGCGUUGUUUGUUGGUGGUGAUGUGCAUAUUGGUGGAGUGACUGAGAUUCGUCAUAAUGAUGAAUUAAUUUUCAAACAGCUCACCAGCUCUUCUGUCUCAAAUAAUGAAUUUGACUGGGCUACAGGCCUCUCGAUGGAAUUCAUGCUCAAGUUUAGUAGUGAGUUGAAAGAUGGUUGGAGUUUCAAACAUUUGAAAUGGACAAGAAAAAGAAACUAUGGAUUGAUUCAUGUUGCCACUGGAGAUAAUCCAAAGCCCGUGAUGAAUCCUUACAUUAACACUUAUUUGAAGUCAUAUAUUUACUAUCAAUAG